AUGCAAAAUCCAUUUCUGAAUCUCAUCACAUCUCCACCUCCACCUCCAUUCGCUCCACCAACAUCACAAAUGACAACCUCACCAAUCACCUCCAUAAUUCCGAUAACAAUCAUCCCUCCUUUACCAUCUACGAGUUUUAUUAAAACAUCACUUCCUCAAGUCUUAAUCUCACUUUCCUCACCCAUCUUCAUGGACUCAACAAUUCCAAAAACAUCAACGGUUUCUACUCCACCAGAAGUUCCGAGAAUCAAAUCCGUUUUGGAGGAGAUUUGCACUUCUGGCAUCCCUAGAAACACAUCUGAUGUGGGGCCAAAUGCUACCAUUGGUGUGACUUCCAAACAACCUUCCUCUUCGGUUCCUCUGGAACAUAACGAUGCUAACAUCUUGUUUGGAGAUGAUCCUGAAUCGAUUGUAAAUUUUGUAUUUCAUCCAUUAUCUGUAAAUUUAACCAGUGAUGAUGAUGUAGCGGCUAUGAAGAAAGCAUUGAAGGUUGGAUUACCGGUUCAGACAGAAGACUUCUUGAAUAUUCAGUUCAAAGGAUUCCGAGUGAAUGAUCAAGUGUUACAUCCUAGAAAUUGUGAAAAUGGAUGUCGAGAUUGCUUCCAUUCUGAAGAAGAGGCUAAUUCUGAAUCCAUACGAACAACCGAAAGACAUCCAACAUUUGAAGACAUGGAUCAUUCGAAAGAAGAACUAGAGCAUUGUUUAGAAAAGGAAGGCGAUGUGAUUCAUAACAACAUGUUCAUCUUAAGGGAUAACCAAUAG